GAGAGAGAGAGAGAGAGAGAGAGAGAGAGAGAGAGAGAGAGAGAGAGAGUUUUCUUUACAGGAAAUUUAUUUGGGAAUUUCAUCAGAAGUCACAGAGAUAAAAAAAAAAUACUCCUUCGGAGUACCGGUACCGGUACCGGUACUAACGGUACCUGAGUUUUCGGUACCGGUACUACCGGUACUCAAAUUAACGGUACUUGCCCAUCCCUAGGUUCAAGUCGUUCGCCUGCUUGUGCCUAGUGCCUAUUGCCUAUCUUAACUGCCUUAAAAUGGCAGACUAUUACAUGACAGAGGGUAAACGUAAAGGCAGCGUUGUUUACGUUUCUGAAGGCCAUGGUUACGUGAAAGACCGGCAGUAUCAGUCCAAGUUACACGUUAGGUGUUGGCUUUUUAAAACAACUGGCCAGGAGUGCCCAGCAAGAGCACACAUUUGUCUCAACACUGACAAGGUAGAAGUAGAAGUGCCUCACCGUGAUCAUGAGUCUCAAGAAGUUGAGCUUGGCAAGAAAGAUCUGAAGACACGUGUCAAGGAAAUGGUUGUUGCUGAGCCUACACGCAGUCCAAGAGAGGUCUUUGAUGAGGCUUACCUUGACGUAGGCGAUGGGAUUGCCAGUCAAGUGUCAUACAAUAGCAUCAGAAAGCAGCUCUGGAACGAGCGCCUGAAGCUGCACCCCCCCCUUGCCCUCUUGUCCCCAGGAGGCUGGCCCUGCGAUACAGGCGAGCAUGUACAGCCAUAUUUACCAGGGUCAAAGUGUUGUUGACAACCAUGUAGCUGUUUACUUGUGGAGCAACGACAUUCAGCAAGUGUUGGGGCAAGUUCAGGGAAUGGCGACGGAUGCCACGUUUAAGACCGUGCCAAAGCUGCUCAAACAGCAUCUCACGUUCUUUGGCCUGUUUGGUGACAACUUCCUGCCCCUGUUCUCCGCCAUGAUGACCGGCAAGCCAGAGGUGCUGUACAGUGCAGUGUAUGAGACUAUUUCACUUAAGUUUUCCAACUUGAAGCCACGCAAAGUACACACUGAUUAUGAGCGUGCGAUACAUUCAGCUAUACUGUCUGUCUGGCCAGAGGCAGAGGUGGAAGGCUGUUACUUCCACCACAAUCAGGUAAUAUUUUUUUUUACUUUUUUUCUUUUCAACAUUAAACUUUCUACUCUUUCACUUUCCAUUUAUAUUUUUAACAGUGCAAAUUGGUAUUAUCUUGCAGGCUGUGUGGGAGAACAUCAAGUUACGUGGCCUUGUCUCAGCGUACCACAACAAGGAGUUACUAUUUGGGAAGUGGGUGCGGAGCUUUUUUGCCCUGCCCCUUCUUCCCAAUCACAAGAUUGAAGAGGGCUUCGUCUCGCUGAAAAGCAGUAGGCCCCAGGUCUGCCACGACGGUGUCCCUCUCAACACGCAAGUCAUCAGCUUUGUGGCCUACUAUGAGAGGUUCUGGAUGGGUGAGAUGAGGGACAAAAUGUGUGUGUGGGGUAGUGCUCAUCGCAUCAACAACGGUGCAGAAAGCUUUCAUGCUUCUCUCAACAGAGAACUCAAGCCUAAACCUGGGCUUUGGGCCUUUAUGAAGAAAAUGCAAGAGAAGAUCAGUCGCACCCUGACAGAUCUGGAACGUGUGAAGAAUGGGGUACCAGUCACCAGGCCAAAAACUGUCAGCGAAACACAGAGAUGGAUUGCGGAGACAAGCGCAAAACUUGAAACCGGCCAGCUCACUGUUGAAGAGUUCAUCAACAAGAUGAAGUAUGUGGGCUGGAAGGGUGUCAAGAAGAAGCAGGGCAACAAUGUCCAGGCUGAGGCCGACUUGCCUGAGGCUGAUCUUGCUGAUGGUGAUCUUGAUGUCGACCUGCAAGACAUAAACGUCGACCUGUUGGAUGUCAGUCUCCAGGACAUCAACGCAGAACAUCAUUUGCAGGACAUGCUUGCGGACAGUCCCCCAAGGACAAUGCCAACCUACACUCUGCCAAGGACAAGGUCUGCCUCAUCAACAGGUUCUUCUACAGCCAGGACAACGUCAUCACAGCCAACUGCACCAACAUUGGCAAACUACACUCCCCCCAGGGCAAGGUCUGCCUCCUCUCAACAGCCUUCAGGAACUGACAGGCCACCAAGGAGGGGGCGCGCGGCAAGAUCUACAGCUGCAGGAAGUCUCUACAGACCACCAGUGACGCGGUCAGCAGCUAGGACAGAGACCAGCCUUCGCAUUCAGGUUGACCAGGAGGUUGUUGCCCAGGAGGAGGAUGCUCCGGUGGUUGCUGCACAGGAGGUUGCUGCCCAGGAGGUUGCUGCCCAGGAGGUUGCUGGCCAGGAAGCUGCUGCCAAGAAAAAAUUCAAGCGUUGUGCUGUCUGCUUGCAGGAGAACAUCUCGGUCACACGGCCCAUUUACUUGGUGCCGUGUGGCCAUGGGGACAUAUGUAAGGAGUGUGCUCAGAAAGUUUCCACCAAGAACUGCCACCUGUGUAGGGCUGAAAUCUUUACUUUUGUUCAGGCUAUUGCCAACGACUAAUUACAGGUUUGCUUUGUCUGGAAUGUGAUUGAUUGCGAUUGAUUAAUUGUGAUUGAUUGAUUGUGUUAGAUGCAAAUGGAUGUAAAAGGAUGUAGUGGCUAACUUUUGACAAUAAACGUAUAUAUUCAUUAUAACGUACUUACAUUAUCAUUAACCACGUACUUGGAUCAACAAUCUUAAUUAUGAACAUAAAUCCUUAUAAAUCACGUAUCUAAAGGACGGGGGUCAAGAAGACCACGUACUUAAGCACAUUACUGCAGAAAAACCACGUACUUAGCUCUAGUAGUUAUAAAAAAAAAAACGUAAUUAAAUGACAAGUUAUACGUACUAAAAUGACAGUGAAGGCUACUUUAAACCCAAGGGCCAAGGAUAAUUAGUACGUGAAAUCACGUACUUAAGCGACCGUACUUAUGAAAAACUGAAUCACGAACUUAAAUGAUAUGUGACCACGUACGUUUGAAACACGUACCAAAGUCCCCCGCCCUUGUGAAUAUCAAAUAUAUGGUGAAAUAAGGAAUUAAAGUUUCUUCACGCGAAGGUCAUUUUUAUUUAGUGUCAGGUGUUUGAUGUGCAAGAAAUAUAUUUCCACGUCAGCGAGUAAUGAAAACCUUGUUCUUUGUGAUUAUGCUGAAACUUUACAAGGUAUCCUAUGCAUUAUACAGACAAGUGUAUGUUUCUGAGAAUCUCGGAGUAGAUUAAAAUCAACAGCAGUGCAAAAUGGGUUUAUUAAUUAUGCCUGUGAAAGUAAGUUAGUGAUAUCUAAGUACUUGAUAAAGAGAUGAGGCAUCCAGGCUUUCUUAGCCCUAGUGAAAUGUAUGGACACACAAAUAAUGACGCUAUGACAAAAUAAAUUAAGUUCACAUAAGAAGACUUUGAUACAGAGACCAGUAACAUCCUGUGACUAGAUGGUGUAUUGUCGUAAUUAUGAACAUUUAUUUUUUAAGGAGGCAUAACAUAACAACAUAUCGCCUUUGAAUUAAAACAUACAGAGUAAGUGUGCUCCUUUUCUUUUUUGCUUUAAAGGAGUCAGCAGGUAAAUUAUGAUGCACGUGCUCAAGGACAA